CUCCAGGAGCCCCGCAGGCCACGCCUCAGUCCGUCGGCGCCCCUCAGCCUGGCCGCUCCCCUCCAGGGCUACUCAGCCUCGCUGCUGGCCCCUGGUUUUCCUCACACCUCUGGCUUUGGCUCUGUUGCCGCUCAGAGGCCGGGCAGACGCGCCAGCAGGCCUCUCAGGAGCCUAGAAGUGCAGCCUCUGUUUCCCCGUCGAGCCGAAUCGGCGGGAACUGCUGGCUGCCGCCAUCAUGUCUGCUGCAAAUUCUGAGACUACAAACUCAACCAUCUCCCGAGAGGCCAGCACCCAGUCCUCAUCAGCCACCACCAGCCAAGGCUAUGUUUUACCAGAAGGCAAAAUCAUGCCAAACACCGUUUUUGUUGGUGGAAUUGAUGUUAGGAUGGAUGAAACUGAAAUCAGAAGUUUCUUUGCUAGAUAUGGUUCAGUAAAAGAAGUGAAGAUAAUCACGGAUCGAACUGGUGUGUCCAAAGGCUAUGGAUUUGUUUCAUUUUACAAUGACGUGGAUGUGCAGAAGAUAGUAGAAUCACAGAUAAAUUUCCAUGGUAAAAAGCUGAAACUGGGCCCUGCAAUCAGGAAACAAAAUUUAUGUGCUUAUCAUGUGCAGCCACGUCCUUUGAUUUUUAAUCCUCCUCCUCCACCACAGUUUCAGAGUGUUUGGAGUAAUCCAAACACAGAAACUUACAUGCAGCCUCCAACCAUGAUGAAUCCUAUAACUCAGUAUGUUCAGGCAUAUCCUCCUUAUCCAAGUUCACCAGUUCAGGUUAUUACUGGAUAUCAGCUGCCUGUUUAUAAUUAUCAGAUGCCACCGCAGUGGCCUGCUGGGGAACAAAGGAGUUAUAUUAUACCUCCGGGCUAUACAGCUGUUAACUACCAUUGUAAUGAAGUUGAUCCAGGAGCUGAAGUUUUGCCAAAUGAAUGCUCAGUUCAUGAAGCUACUCCAUCCUCUGGAAAUGGCCCACAAAAGAAAUCUGUGGACCGAAGUAUACAGACAGUGGUAUCUUGUCUAUUUAAUCCAGAAAACAGACUGAGAAACUCUCUUGUUACUCAAGAUGACUACUUCAAGGAUAAGAGAGUGCAUCACUUUAGAAGAAGUCGGGCAGUGCUUAAAUCUGUUUGAUCUUCUCUGCUAACUUUCUAGUCUCAGGGGAAGUUGCUGGUUUUGAAUAUUAAGAAGAGACUGGAAGUUGUUCACUACUAUAGAAAUUUAAUUCUAAAUUUUGACAUUGCACUCAGACUUUCUAUAUAAGUUAUGUUAGAUUAGUUGUACUUUACAUUGAAAUUGUUCUUUAUUAGAUGUUUAUUUAGAAAUUGGUUCUUUGUUCAGUAUAUAGAUAAAAGUAAAAGAUAUAUGAAAGUAAAUAAGUAUAAAAACAAUUUCAAAUAAUUGAAAAAAUAGUUGGAAUAACUUAAGAUUUAUCUGUAAGGUUUUUUUGGAAUUGGCAUUUUAAGAGAUUAGAAGCAAAUACUCAUAUUCAAACAAUUGUUUUAAAAAACUUAUUUUGAAAGGUCAGAAUUUUGAUAGUUUGAAUACAAGCAUUUCACUUCUCCAACAAGUACCUUUGAACAGUACAGUAUUUACACUAUUGUGCUUUGCAUUUAUUAUUUGCCUAAAAAUUUACCACAAAACAGCAUUUUUUAAACUGCAUUUUUAAUCAGUGGAACUCAAUAUACAGUUAUCUUUAUUCAAGUCGUCUUAUCUAAACCCAGUAAAACAGAUUCUAAACAAACAAUCCAAUCAGUGGGUCUUAGAUUUAUUCAGAAUAUUUUAUCCUUUAUCUAGAAUCCACAUACACACACAACAUAUACACACAUGCAUAUACACACACAUACCCUGUUUGAUUGGGAUGAUAAUUAGGAUAACUAAAAUUCUGGGCCUAAUUGUUUUUAAAGAAUCCAAGACAAACUAAACUUUACUAGGUAUAUAGCUUCUUAGUGAGUUAACAUUCUAUUUUUUUCUUUUAUUUUUUCCUUGAAAUGCUAAACUCAAUGGCUGUAUCUUAAAUUGUGCAAAAUAUUGGUAUUAAAGAAUGCUGAAAUUUUUUUAUGUCACUUAAAGGUUAAUCAGAGUAUCUGAAAGGAAUUGUUUUUGUAAAAACAUUUAAAAUAUUAUUUAUGGUAGAGUACAUAGAUUUUUAUUUACUUUUUGUUAGUCUACUAUAUUUCCUUUUGUAAAGUAAGAUGUCCCUAAGAGUCAAAGAAGGUAAUUUUGAUAUUUAUAAACCAAAAAAGUUGUUUCAAUAACAUAUUUCAAGAACAUGCUAGAGUCAAAGUUAAUAAUCUGUUUCUAGACUAGCUGGUCUCCAUAUUGAACAUUGUGCUUUGUUACAGACAACUAGAAUACCGGGGCUUCUGUUGUCAGUCUUCUUUUUCUAGUCUGUACUCCUGUUCUUCCAGGACGUUUGCUUUUAGAACUGUCAACCUAAAGAAGUCAAGUAGCCAUAGGAGCAGUUUGAGGGGUAAGCCUGGGAAAGGUAGCAGUGAGGUAAUACCUUCCUAAGGGAAGUAGUUGUAUCAGAAUCAUUUGAUCUGCCAUGGAAAUGAGUUUAAAGUGCCUUCCUGGCCUUCCAUUAGCCCCCUUUCCCAAAAUAUGGAGACUCUGUUUAUGCCUAAUCUGAAAUAAUUACCAUGGGUCCUGUCAUCAGUGCCCAUUAUGGUCUGUAAGUUUUAAUAAUUUUCAUUCUGGAUCUGAAGGCCAGAGUCUUUUAAGGAUCCCCAAAGAGGAUUUUGGAAUUUUUUUAAACCUCAGAAUUAGAAAAUAUCCUGAAAUUUGUUCUUUUAAAUAUACCUUUUUUUUUUUUUGGUGCUGUCAUUCUGUGAUUAUUAAAUCUCUAGCUCACUAUUAAUGAUACCUAAAUUUUGAAGAGUCAAUUCUAAUUGUCCCAAUAUGACCUUAAGGAAAAGUAAGGAAAUAAACUUUUAUUUGUCCACUACUUUGUUGGAGUGAGGUAUUUAGAGUAUGGUAGAAAGAAGAGGCAAACUCCUGAACCUUUCAAAAUGGAAGAUUAAUUUUAAACUUAGAAUAUGUUUCUAUAACCUAUUGCUGAUACUGUCUUUGCAUAAAUGAAUAAAGAAACUUUUUUCAAAAGUA